CUUACCUACCUUUACAGUGCAACGGUAAAGAAAGAUUUCACUAAUUCAAAAGGGGAGAUACAAAUCAAGAGUGUUUAACUACUCACAAAUUCAAAUCCAAAAUAUACCCAAAUGCCCCUACAUCUUUCCUCUCCCUACAUUCCAGAUGGCGCUACUCACACUCGCUCUUCUCCCCCAUUCCGCCAUUUGAAAUGGCCGAAUGGCCUCCAUAUAUAACAAAAACUACUUCAGUAAAUGUGAAGACAAAAGUCUCAAAUGGUGGAUCCCUCUUUUGUUGACAAAUGAAGCAUUAACUAAGGAGUUAAUGCACCUGCUUCUUUUCUUCCUUCAAUUAAAUGAGCCACCAACUUUCUUCUUCAAUAAAUGUUCACCGAAAUGCUUAACCAAAAGCCAUAAAACAAGUCUCCAUAUCUUUAUGGUUUGUGCCUUUGCUUAAAACAAAGCAUACAAAUUGAGAGAGAACAAAACACAUAAUCAACAUGAUUUGGGGGCGUACUUGAUUUGUGAAAUACAAGGCAAUAUUCAACACGGUCGCCGGUCGGCAACAACAAACAAAACAGUUGUUGACAAAAACUGUUUUGUGAGAGAGAUAAGAGAGUGAGAGAGACGAUUUUGUGAGAGCUGAAACGAGAGAGAGACGAACGGCGGAGAGGAGGUACCGGUGAAAGCAAGGAUGUCAUCCUCCAAGGUACGUGACACGGAAUGGGAGGCCUAAGAAUGAAAAUAAUCCUACAAUGUGUAGAGUACAUUACAAGAUAACAGGUUUGAGUGAGAAAACGCGGAAAGAGCCAGCCAAGGAAAGCACAAGUACUUGUUGAGAAACGAUACUGGUUUUCGGUGAUAGAAACGAGAGAAAAUUAAGUAAGCAUAUGUCUAACUCGGGCCUGACCGCCGGAAUCAUGAAUUUGUAUGAUCAAUGGAACAUCCAAGGUUUCGUUAUCUUAAGUCUCUGGUUACAGACCAUUCUAAUUCUGUUUGCACCACUCAAAAAGCGAACAAGAAAUGUGAUAGUAGUGUUGCUGAGCUUGCUAGCUUACUUGGUGGCUGAUUGGGCUGUUAGCGUUGCAGUGGGACUUAUUACCUACAGUCAAAAAGAGGUUCGUGAUCAUCAUGAUUCUCAGAAAUUCCCUAAUGAUGAUUAUGUUGGCAUUCUGGCGUUUUGGGCUCCUUUUCUUUUGUUACACCAUUUACCCGAACAGGAUAAUGCCGGCCUUUGGCAAAGGCAAUUCAUUGGGCUCCUAAACCGGGUUUUUAAUGGUUUAACUGUCUUCAGGCAAUCCCUUCCCAGAAACAAGUUAUCGGUUCCUACUAUCCUUCUGUUUGUCGCUGGAACCCUCAAGUAUGGUGAGCGAACAUAUGCUUUAUUUCAAGCAAACCUGAAUAAACUCAGGGAAUCCAUGCUUAGAGCACCUGACCCAGGGCCCAACUAUGCAAAGAUCAUGGAGGUAUACUAUGGGCGGAAAGCGGCCAAACUCCCAAUUGAUAUAGAAUUGAUAAGAGAUACCAUGCGGAUUGCACCUUAUGCAGUAGAUGAAGACAGGCUAGAUGAGCUUGCGGCGGUGAGACAUGCUUAUCACUUCUUUGAAAUCUUCAAGGGUCUCAUCUUGGAUCUCAUCUUAAGUUUCCGCGAACGUGAGGAGAGCCGACAGUUUUUUUAUAGGAGAACCCCAAGAGAUGCCUUUAAUGUGAUAGCAAUUGAACUCAACUUCAUGUAUGAGGUUUUCUAUACGAAGGCUGUUGUGGUGCAUUUAAUGUUUGGACACCUUGUUGUUCGGUUGAUAUCUUGGUGUGCGGUUGUGGCAGCCCUUUCAAUCUUCUGUACAAUAGAUAAGCAUAAUUUCCGCAAGAUUGACGUUGAAAUUAGCUAUACCUUGUUCUUUGGUGCCAUAGGCUUGGAUACAAUUACUCUCUUUAAGUUGGCUUUCUCUGAUUGGACUGCUGCUUCCAUCCAGAGCUUGUCGACAGAAAAUAGAUGGAAAAAAUUCUGGAAAGCUUCUAUAUACAGAUGCUUCCUCCCUCUCCACAAAUACUUUCUCAUUCUCAAGAAGAUAAACUGGUGCGAAAAUACAGAAUCAAUAAGGUGGCUGGGACGAGCUAGACAAUUCCUAUUCCGGAGGUGGUCUGAAUCUCUACAUCAAUACAACUUGAUAGAAUAUUGUUUGAAAGACCGUUUUGAACGUAUAUGGAUUUAUCCCAUUGUGGAAUUGGGUCUUAAGGAUUUCUAUGAUUGGAUGACUUACGUUUCCAAGAAACCAUUUACAAAAGAGCUAUGGGUUUUCAUCUUUGGUCAGCUGGAAAAGAAAUCCAAACUUGCAGAUGAUCCUGACACUGCGAAGAGGAUAUGUUCAGCUCGAGGGGCUUGGGUUCUACAAGUUAGUAAUUGUAGUAAGUUGAUGUCUUAUGUUGUUGAUGUUGAUUAUGAUCAGAGCCUUCUAAUUUGGCAUGUUGCUACAGAACUCUGCUAUAGUACUACGGAUGAAGUCAACAACAGUGGCCCUAAUCAUCGUGAAUUCUGUAAGAUCCUCUCGGAUUAUAUGCUAUAUCUUCUAGUUAUGCAGCCUACUAUGAUGUCUGCUGUAGCAGGUCUUGGCCAAAUAAGAUUUCGCGAUACCUGUGCCGAGGCCAAAAAAUUCUUCAAAAGAAAGGUUCCACAACAAGGAGGACUAGAAGAACAUAAAAUGGCAUGUGAAAUGAUCCUUCGAGUAAAUACUGAUAUCAGACCUGUUGAUUUAAAGGGUGACAGAAGCAAAUCUGUGCUUUUUGAUGCAUGUAUUCUCGCCAAAAAUCUAGAAGAGUUGAAGGGAGAGAAAUGGCAGCUAAUGUGUGAAGUGUGGGUUGAAUUGUUGUCUUAUGCUGCAAGCCAUUGCAGGGCCACUGAUCAUGUUGCUCAACUAAGCAAAGGAGGAGAGCUUAUCACAUUUGUCUGGUUAUUAAUGGCUCAUUUUGGCUUAGGGGAUCACUUCGAAUUAAAUGAGGGCCAUACAACAGCAAAACUGAUUAUGGGUAAGUAAACUGAAUCGACUAGGUUAAUCCAAUGGCUUCAUUUCUGUGUAGAAUUAUUAUUAUUAUUAUUUUUAAUUUGGAGGAUUGGGCAGAAUAUUUUGUUGUGCCUUUAUUUCCUUCCAUUAGGAAUGGAGAUGUUUGUGAUGUAUGCAAGAUAUUUUGUAUAUCUUGCACUCCUGCAGCUAAGUUUAACUUCAAUCAAAUGCUUCUCAUCAGAGCAUGAAUUUGUAAUUGGUUGUGACUGUUUAGUGG